UGUCCCUCCCUCCGGAGAGAGAGGAAGAGCGGCCGCGGCGACAUGGCGCCCCCGGCUCCCGGCCCGGUGUCCGGCGGCUCCGGCGACGUGGACGAGCUGUUCGACGUGAAGAACGCCUUCUACAUCGGCGGCUACCAGCAGUGCAUCAACGAGGCGCAGCGCGUGAAGCUGUCCAGCCCCGAGAGGGACGUGGAGCGGGACGUCUUCCUGUACAGGGCCUACCUGGCGCAGCGCAAGUUCGGCGUGGUCCUGGACGAGAUCAAGCCGGCGGCGCCGCCGGAGCUGCAGGCUGUGCGCAUGCUGGCCGAGUACCUGGCCGGCGAGGGCCGCAGGGACGCCAUUGUGGCCGAGCUGGACCGCGAGAUGGGCCGCAGCGUGGACGUGAGCAACAGCACCUUCCUGCUCAUGGCCGCCUCCGUCUACCUGCACCACCAGAACCCCGACGCGGCCCUGCGCGCCCUGCACCCCGGGGACAGCCUGGAGUGCCUGGCCAUGACCGUGCAGAUCCUGCUCAAGCUGGACCGCCUGGACUUGGCCCGGAAGGAGCUGAAGCGGAUGCAGGAGCAGGACGAGGACGCCACCCUCACACAGCUGGCCACGGCCUGGGUGGGGUUGGCUGCGGGCGGUGACAAGCUGCAGGAGGCCUACUACAUCUUCCAGGAGCUGGCCGACAAGUGCGCACCCACGCUGCUGCUGCUCAGCGGGCAGGCCGCCUGUCACAUGGCCCAGGGCCGCUGGGGGGCCGCCGAGGGCACCCUGCAGGAGGCACUCGACAGGGACAGCGGCCACCCUGAGACGCUCAUCAAUCUGGUUGUGCUGUCCCAGCACCUGGGCAAGCCCCCCGAGGUGACAAACCGCUACCUCUCCCAGCUGAAGGACGCUCACCGUUCCCACCCCUUCAUUCAGGAGUACCAGGCCAAGGAACACGACUUCGACAGACUGGCCCUGCAGUACACACCCGGUGCCUGAGGCCUGUGAGGACCGGCGCCUUGCUCCCAGCCCCCUGCCCCCCCC